UGAUGCAAACCUGCAAGAGAAAGAGCGAAAGCACUAUUCCCCCUCCAGCCUGUGCAACCUCUCUCUCUCUCUCUCUGUCUGUCUCUCUGGAGAAACAGCAGCAGGAGCGGCUGCACCCGGUCCCAUCUCUCCUUCAUGUCGGACCAGACCGAAACCUUCGCAGUAUUUCAUCAGUCAGCAGAAAUCAGAAAGGGGUGUUGCCUUUAUCCAGCUCUCUCUCUUUCUCUCUCCCUCCUUGCCUUUUACUUUGCAGACUGUGAACAGUUCUAAUCUCUCUCUCUCUCACACACACACACACACGCCCUGCUAUCCCUAGACUUGCCAGCUAAGGACCUCCUCCCUGUCCGGGGGGAUAACUCUGGUGCUUUCCUGAACAAGGUCAUUAAGUGCUGGGGGAACUGACCGCCGAAAGCCAGGCUGCCUCCGACUUCACGACCGAGUUAGCAGCUGGGCAUGUGCUAACGGCGGAUGAGCGGCCCAAGGGGGAAGAGGUGUCGAGUUUGACCCCGGGACCUUGCGGAUGAAAGUGGGUGUGACUCCCCUGAGCUGGAGAAAAGACAGAGCAGGCUGCCCCAUCUUGGGGUGCUCCUGACAUUCCGGGUGGAUAAGUAGGGACAAGGCAGCCUGGCCAAUGUUAACUCCCUGUUAUUUCCUCUUUCCAAAACCUGUGACUGUGUGACCCAGGAGUGCCCAGGGCUCCUUGGCUGGCCCCAGUAACUGGGGGGAGGAGGGUCAGGGCGAGGGGGGAGGAUAGGUGAGAGGGGUAGGGGGGGUUAGAGCAAACAUGGUCAGACCCCGAGGAGCCCCCCAGUCAGCGGUCAGCCCCGGUCCGAACCCUCGCUCUCCCCUGAAGGGGUCCGGUCUGUGAGGAGACCGCGGAGGGGAGGCGCCCAUUUCCAACUCCCCACCCCUCCCACACCCCCCCCCCCCCCCCAUCCCCCAGCCCUCUGCGGAUGCUCCUCCCGGACCGGCGAUGCUACCUCGGACAGUCCGCCACAUCCUGGACGGGGUCAGGCUGGAGAUCUCCGGAGAUGCCAGUGUGGUUCUGAGCGGCUACAGGGCCAGGGAUCCGGAUGUGGACUCCCCUCCGUCCCCACAUAGCCUCAGCGAGGAGACAGUGGACGGGGCCGUUUAUUCGGUGUCACAGAGGCAAGUGCAGCUUCAACAGGCAGCGAACAAGGGACAGCAAUGGCUGGGGAUGGAAAACGAGUUGGUGGGCACCACGUGCGAGACGGUUAAAACCCGCACCAUCAAGUUUGGAACGCUGGCGAAGAUAGUGCAGCACCUGCUCGAGUCCUUCGACUGCGGUGAUUUGUCCUACGUCUCGGUCUUCCUCGCCACCUACCGGGCCUUCAGCACCACCCAGGAGGUUCUCGACCUGCUCCUCACCAGGCUGGACCACUUAAAACGAGAACUAGGAGAGACCACAGACUGCUGUUCAUUAAACGAUUGGGACCAUCUUCGACACACGGCCUCCUCUGUUUUCUCCACGUGGCUAGAACAGUACUCGGAAGAUUUUCUCAGCCUGGAUGGUGACUGCCUGCAGCGCCUGGUGCUUUAUAUCCGACAGGAAUGCCGGGGCUCGGAUCUGGAGCGGCGAGCUGAAGAACUCCUGUUACAGAAUGAGAGUCUGUCCAUCAGCGAUGGGAGAGUACCGACCGAUGUUCAGGACCAGGAGGGCCACGAGCUGACCCAGGCUGAGGAGACUGAGACCAAGCCUCAGCAGAAAGAGGAAACAGUCGAUAUCCUGACCUUCACGGCAGAUGUGACGGCCGCGCAGCUGACUAUGAUCGAAGCGGAGCUCUUCAUGAAGGUGGUGCCCUACCACUGCCUGGGCUCGAUCUGGUCUCAGCGCGAUAAGAAAGGGAAGGAGGACAUGGCUGCUACCAUCUGGGCCACGGUCCGGCAGUUCAACAAACUCGCCAACUGUGUGAUCAGCUCCUGUCUCACCAACACCAGACUCCGGCCACAGCAGCGAGCCCGAAUCCUGGAGAAAUGGAUCCGUGUCGCAGAGGAGUGCCGGGCCUUGAAGAACUUCUCCUCACUCUACGCCAUCAUUUCCGCCCUCCAGUCGAACCCGGUCCACAGACUGAAGAAAACGUGGGAGGAGAUUCCCAGAGAAAUCUUCCGGAGUUACAAUGAACUGUCAGAGAUCUUUUCGGAGGAGAACAAUUAUUCCCAAAGCCGGGAGCUGCUAAUCAGGGAAGGAACGUCGAAGUUCGCCACGUUGGACAAGAAACACCCAAAAAGGCUGAAAGACCAUAAAGCUCCCAACGUCGUUCAGGGCACUGUGCCAUACCUUGGGACCUUCCUGACUGACCUGGUGAUGUUAGACACUGCUGUGAAGGACUACGUGGAGAACGGAAUGAUUAACUUUGAGAAGCGGAGAAAGGAAUUUGAAAUCAUCGCCCAGAUUAAGCUGCUCCAGAAAGCCUGCAAGAAUUACCACUUUGAGAAAGAUCCGGAAUUCCUGAACUGGUUCGACGGCCUGGAGACGCUCAGUGAAGCCGAAAGCUACAAGUUAUCGUGCGAAGUGGAGCCGCUGGUGGAAGCGAGCGGCACUCCCACCAAGACUCGGCCGACGUUGAUCAUCACGCACUGCAGCGACCCUCCGUCUGGCCAGAACAGCCCGACUGUUCCGAGCAGCGGGUUGGUACCGUGGGACGUGCCCGGCUCACCCACACCAGACCAGGACAGCCCCGGCGAAUUCCCCGGGCUCAAGGAGCACUCGUUCAAACCCAUCAACGCGUUGCUGUGCAAGGUCGCCCGGCACACGAAGUUCCCCUCGGUCUCCUCUCUGGACUCAGCUGGCAUUGACCCAAGCCCGACCUGCCCCCCUUCGCCCUCCACGUUGUCGCCCACCGCCACCUUUGUCAAAGGGCACAGGCGGUCUGCGUCUUGUGGUGCGACGUAUGUGCCGCCAUCCUCGCCCAUCGGCUCUCCGCAGUCCGACUGUCGGAUCAUCCGGGUGCGCCUCGACGUCUCCAAUGGGAACUUGUACAAGAGCAUUUUGGUCUCCAGUCAGGACAAGUCCCCAGCGGUGGUUGCAAAGGCGCUGGAGAAACACAACCAGGAUUCCAAUGCAGCUCCGUCUUACGAACUGGUGCAGCUCAUCUCUGAGGACAAAGAGUUCACCAUCCCGCACAACGCCAACGUCUUCUACGCCAUGAGCUCCACCAGCAUCGACUUCAUCCUGCGGAGGCGGGGCCACGCGUCGCCCAGGCUGAGGGCGGAGCACGGCUCGCCCUUCCCCAAGAUCAAGUCCAAGGGGAAGAAGAUCGCCAGGGCCUUGUUUUAGAGGCUAGCCCUUAACCGCCAGAGGGCAGGGGAAAUGCGGACCUCUGACCCACGGAAGGAGGAGGCUGCAGGGCGGCCGUGAACCGACAAAGCGGGUCGCGGCUGAGGGCAGGGGAGCCUACACCUCCGCCCUCCCCACCCCCGGCCCUGCCCGCAACGUUAAACAGGAUGGCAGUACGGAACAUGACGGUCUUGCGGUGGGGGGGCUCUGAAAAUAAAAGUCUCACUUUGUUUUCGGCGGUGGGGGGGCGGGCGGGGGCAGCCCGUUUGCUCUAAGCGCCGGGGAAACGUCGCGGUCAGGUCUGUGGUGAACGGCGGUGGCCUCUGCCACCCGCGCGGGUCAUAGUCCAGUCCCACUCCCCAACCCCACACCCCACCCCUCCCAUAACCCCCGCCUCACCUUCCACCACUGCCCUGGAACUGGGCGGUGAGCAUACACACACACACACACACGGGAAAGGGGUGAGGGAAGGGUCUGUCUAGCGAUGGCGAUGGGACGGGAGAAGGUGCCCGCUUUCCACAAUCCCGGUUCCACCGCCUCCCCCCACUACCCUCCCUGUGACCACAGAACACGCCCGACUCUGCCAUCUGAGUUGCGCCCCCCCCCCUCACCAAUACCCACUGCAGUUGCCCAGUUACCGCUGGGUCGGUGCCCUUUUCUGGGAAGGGCUGGCUUUGGUGGCUCAACUUGGCAGUACGGGAGGCGAUGUUGACAGAGCCAUCGACCGGAAGAGGGGUUGUUUUUUUUUCGUUGGGUGGUGUCUGCGUUGUUGUCCAAUCUCCCCUUCCCCAGCCCCCACCCCCCCGCCAACCCUCCCCCCCCCCCCCCACCCCCGGGGAUGGGGCGUGGGGGGCCCUGCCUCAGCAAUCUGACCAGAUGAAUGUUCCAGAACCGGGGCGGUCUGCUCCCCGCCCACCGCAGCGGCCGACAGACAGGUACCUUCCUCACCCUCACCCUCCGUCCCCUUUCACACGCGCAGAAGCCGAAACGAGGUGGUUCGGCCCGUCGGGGUGAAUACUGGACCAGAAGCCAAAGCAGCAAUGGAAGUGCCUUCCCUUUCACCUCAAUCUGCUGUGGUUCUUCACCAGCUCAAACACUGCUGCUGGCUUCCCCCUUUCUCUCCCUCUCUUCUCCUUCCACCUUUCUCUCUCUCUGUCUUUCUGUCUCUCUCAGAAUGUCACACUGUCACUCUCUCACCCUCCCUCUCUCUCACUCACUCACUCUCUUCCUCAUUCUCUGUCACUCUCUUUUUCUCUCUCUCAUUUUCUCUCACUCAUUCAUUCUCUUCUUCUGUCUGUCUGUCUGUCUGUCUGUCUCUCUCUCUCUCACUAUCUUUCUCUCUCUCUCUCCCUCUCUCUCUUUUCGACCAGGUUAACUCGAUGGGAAGCAAUGUGACGAUUUAAUGGGGGAUUGGGUCCUUCCUUCCCCAGGCCACCCCCUCCUCCUCCCCCUGUCAACGUGCUUCGAGGGUGACCGUAGAUGAGCACUACACUCGACUCGAGGCCUUCUGCCUCUUUGUGUAACACUAAUAAGGGCGAUACCGUCCGCGGGAUUGGCCAAGCUUUGAUGCCAUUUCCCACCAGCGUUGGCAGCGACUGACAAAUUCCUCUUCUCCGUGGCAUCCAUAUGGAUAGUGACCGGCUUCUGCUUUCUUAACUCCCUUCCCCCAGGCCGAUCCCUCUGCUCCCCCCAACCUCUCAGUGAAAGGAAUCCCCUCCCCCACCCCACAUUGGGCCCAGACCAUGCCUUGACACCAUGGGAUGACGGGGGCGAUGGCGGGGGGGGAGGGUGCCAAGUGGGUGAUCAUCACCGGCCUCGUUCUCGCCUCUGCGGUGUUUCGGCGUGAACCCCAACUGGCCACCUCCCCAUCGGAGGACCCCAAAGUGCCCGUCCUGCCUGUUCGCCCGCUCCCUGGCGACCGUGAUUCGCUGCCCCCUUGGGGGUGGGUUGGGGGGUGGGCGGGCAGUGGGAUGGCCGGACCCCGCGGGGCUGCCCACCCUCCGCCCACGAGUUGCGAAUACCCCUGAGAAGGAACGAACCUCCCGCUGUCGUGGGACGGUGGGAGGAGGUGGAGUGGAGCAGCAAUGAUGACGCACCCUGGUCAAGGUCAGGGGAGGGGGUGGGGUGGGGGGGUUGGAUUCCGUGCCCCCCCUUUGCGCUGGGCGGCGGACGGGAGCAUGAAACUGCGUCGUUGCACCCGAGCCAGUGGGAUUCCCGUCCGAGGAAAAAUGGUAGGCCCGUGACCCGCCUGCAAAUUCAUCGCCCGAUAGGGACGCUUUCCUGUCUGACCGUACAUUCCUUUCCACCGGGACAUGUAUUUAUGUCAUUUAUUUUUAAAAAUAACUCUCAGUGAGCCAGCUUUCGGAGGUUGGUGACCACUUUGACGUUACCGAUUUGUACUCUGAAUCGACAAUUGCGGGGGUCACGCGAUGGCCACAGAGCCUGGUGAAAAGGGAGCAGCCCCUUAUAUCAAGGAUUUACAGGCCGUCCCUGAUUUGGGGUGGAGCAGGGCAGCUGAGAACACGCCAGUCAUUUUUUUUUAAAUUUCAAAAAUAUAUUUUAUCUGUAAAAAAUAUUUUUAUGUAUGUAUACAUAGUUACAAGCGCAGUUCGGUUCUGUACAGUAGCCUAACAAUGAAACAAACAAAAGCA